AUGACGAAAGGCAAUACGAAGGCGCCUCUCCUGCAUUCAGAGCAGCUACUCGACGAAGAUGAAGAGGAAGAGGAAGACAACGGCAUGGAAGAGCUCAUUGCGGGCAUUCUAGAGCACGAGAACCUAGACCUCGAGCCCAGCUCGUGGGAAGAUUCAGACCUAAUUACAUCCUCUAGAUUAGCGAGGAUCAUAAAGAUACAAUUAGAACAUAUGAACGGUGGCGAAGCAUUGUAA